AUAUUAAUCCAGGAGAUAUUAAUCCAGGAGAUAUUAAUCCAGGAGAUAUUAAUCCAGGAGAUAUUAAUCCAGAAGAUAUUAAUCCAGGAGAUAUUAAUCCAGGAGAUAAUAAUCCAGGAGAUAAUAAUCCAGGAGAUAAUAAUCCAGGAGAUAUUAAUCCAGGAGAUAUUAAUCCAGGAGAUAAUAAUCCAGGAGAUAAUAAUCCAGGAGAUAAUAAUCCAGGAGAUAAUAAUCCAGGAGAUAAUAAUCCAGGAGAUAAUAAUCUAGGAGAUAUUAAUCCAGGAGAUAUUAAUCCAGGAGAUAUUAAUCCAGGAGAUAAUAAUCCAGGAGAUAAUAAUCAAGGAGAUAAUAGUCUAGGAGAUAAUAAUCCAGGAGAUGUUAAUCCAGGAGAUGUUAAUCCAGGAGAUGUUAAUCCAUGA